AGCCACUCCUAGCCACUCUUCGUUCCCGCAAUCCGCGUCAUGUCGACCCCAAGCUAUGAUUUGGAUGUCUAUAAGAUACCGAGGAACCUGGUCGACGUCGAAGCUCUUGCUCAGCAAGCAUCUCGAUACCUCAAGAUUGCCGCGGAGGAUGCUGAAUUCCUCAGUUACCAUGCAACCCGCCGGGACGAGAUUGUAGCUGAACUCUACAGGCAACCUGGGAUCAAGCCGAAUACCAGUCCAGAUCAAUUUGUUCCGCAGGGCGCUGAUCCUGACGUGCAUCUUAUCCCUGCCGAUGCCGUGAUCGAGGAACUCACGCCGCCGAAGACACUCGAAGACCGUGUCAAACGUUUGCACUUUGCCGCCGCUGCGAUGUCGGUCUUCAGUCGAUUCAAGAUCACAUACGGGCUGCUAGAUCAUCCCGACCUUGAGAUGCAAUAUCAGCGACGGAGGACGCAGAUCAUGAGUGAAUAUUACAAGACGGAAUUUGCUCUUCUGUUCCCUGAAAGCAUGAAACGUGUUGCCGCCAAGCGCAUGCCGGUGACUCCACCGACGCGCGGGCACCUUCCCUCUCCCCCUCCCUCUCGCCCCUCUACGAUUUCCAGGCGUGUCUCUAGAGAGGACGUAGACCGAUUUCUCAACAAUCCUAAUACGCUCGUGGGGAAACGAUUCGUGCACUCCACUCAGGGCGAAGGCCAAGAUCAAAGUGAUAGUGAUUAUGGCACAUGGCACGUCACUUCGUACACCGUUCGCGUAGCUGACGGCGGCGUCGAGCACGAGUAUCAGGUCGUGCUCGAGGCGUUGGGCGGAGGUGCACUGCCCAUGGACGGAGAUGAGGUUCGAUAUCUCCUGCAGGACUCCACCUUCGCCGUUUAACUCGAUUCGCUUUGUAUGCCGUUGUCUCGAACUUGUCGGUUGUGUCAUACUAUCCGUCCAUGUAUAUAAGUGCGAAGCGCAAUGUUUUUGGUCUUGAGGUCGUCAU